AUGAAUACCCAGGUCUCGUUCCUUGAAGGCACUUACACUCUCAUCCACAUCCCCCUCGACCUCUAUCCGACCCUCCUCCAGCCCAUCCUCCGCAUCCUCCUCCCCCAGACCCAGAGCCUCAACUUCUCCCGCGACUCAACAGAGUACGAGCUCGAGGGCCUCACGACAGACUACCAGCAUGGCUUCCUCAACAUCAGCAUCACCCCCAUCGACUGCUCCGUCGUCUGCCACAGCUCCUGGGCCAAGAACGUCUUCGAGCCCGCCCUCAACGCGCUGCCAAAGAGCAUCUCCAAAAACGUAUCCGUCUUCAAGGACACCUACAUGAUCCUCUCCGUGACGAGCGCCGGGCUGGACCCCGGCGGCCGCGUCAUGGAGCUCAGCUCGCCGCUCGCCUUUGCGGGCAUCCCCAUCUUCUUCAUCACCACCUACUACUCCGACUUCAUCCUCGUCCCCACCAAGGAGAAGCAAAAGGUCGUGCAGGCCCUGCUGGCAAAGGGCUUCGAGCUCUCGGAGAACCAGUCCAACUUCGUCAACCCGUCCAUGUACGCGCCCAACAGCAGCUCAGCAGACGCCGGCGCCGACUGGGCGCAGAAACCGCCCGGCACCCCGCCCCCUUCCAACGACGACGAGCUCCAGUCGAGGACCUUUGACCUCCUGCUCAAGCGCAACGUAAAGGCCCGCAUCGAGCCGGACCUCGAGCUCGUCCAGUGCUCCGGCCGCGAGACGUCCCCCCUCGCACACCCUUACGGCCACCGGCCGUCCCUCAGCCGCAAGAGCUCGGUCGACUACCGCCGCUCCUGGAUCACCCACGUCGACACGAAGCUCUACACGUGCAUCGUGUCGGCGCUCGUCUCGCAGCCCAGGUUCCUCUCCCUCACCCUCGCCCAAGAUGACCCCCCGUCUCUCCUGCUUGACAAGACCCUGCUGCCCAUCUUUGAUGACUCCCUCGUCGGCGACACCGAAGGCGUCCUGAUCCCCAUCUUCCUCGACCUCGUCAACCUGCCCUUUGAGUCCACCGGCAUCGUCUGUGGCGUCGCCGGUCGCCUCGUCAAGGGCACAGACACCGCCGAGAGUUCAGAGCUUUCCUAUCUCUCCACUGCUCGCGCCGGCACCGUCAUCUUGUCAAGGAUCCAGUCGAUCCGAGCAAUGGAUAUUUUGACUCCGUUGCUCAACAAGACGCCAUGA